CUGUGGGUUGCAUUUCAGUGUUAAAAGAUAAUAACGUCCGGGUACCAAAAAGGAAUGGCAAAAAUCGUCUGAUCUUUCAAGGUUACAACUAAAAUGCAAGAAACAUCGUCGAUUGAAAUCCUAAAAUAUCCACAUCUUUAGAAAUAGUUUGAACAAAAGCAGUCACGCAAUAGAAUGUACACUAUAAAGAAAGACAACCCACCAGCGAGUAUAAUUAAAAGCACAGUCUCGUUGACAAUUUGUGGCCAAUACUGUACUCGGAGAUCUUAGUGUUAGUGAGCAGAAAGGGGAGGCGCCUAGAGAUAGGACAGGACAGGCAGACACACACACACAGUACCCGGACAUCAUCCAAACGAGAAAUAGCCAGCCAGUGGAGACAACUGCUCCUCAGCUUGACAAGGCUGGAAGUGACUGAUCUGAUUACUAGCAGGCAUUGAUCGUGUGAGAGUGUAGGAGAGUUCUGCCAAAAAGAAAUGUCGGAAAGCAGGAUUGUUGAGUCGGCGGGGACGCAGAAUGGAGCCCACCGCUGCGGGGAUCAUCCAGCUGGGAAUCUGUGUGUUGUCGGCAACAAAGUGACAGUGGUACUCGGGGCUCAGUGGGGUGAUGAAGGAAAGGGGAAAGUGGUAGAUUUACUUGCUCAGGACGCGGACAUCGUCUGCAGAUGUCAGGGUGGUAACAAUGCUGGGCACACUGUGGUGGUGGACUGUAUUGAAUAUGACUUCCACCUUCUACCAAGUGGUAUCAUCAACCCCAAUGUCACCGCAUUUAUUGGUAAUGGGGUAGUGAUUCAUCUGCCAGGUCUCUUUGAAGAAGCUGAAAAGAAUUUAAAUAAGGGAAAAGGUCUUGAGGGCUGGGAGAAGAGACUUAUCAUUUCAGACCGAGCUCAUAUUGUAUUUGAUUUCCACCAAGCCGUCGAUGGAGUUCAGGAGCUGCAGAGGCAGCAGCAAGCAGGGAAAAAUUUGGGAACCACGAAAAAGGGGAUCGGCCCAGUGUACUCUGCGAAAGCUGCUCGCAGUGGACUCAGGAUAUGCGACCUUUUGUCUGACUUUGACGAUUUCACUGAAAGGUUUAAAGUCCUGGCCCAUCAGUACAAAUCAAUGUACCCAACCCUGGAUAUUGAUAUAGAUGGAGAAUUAGAAAAGCUAAAGGUGUAUGUGGAGAGGAUAAAGCCCAUGGUGCGAGAUGGAGUGUAUUUCAUGUACGAAGCUCUGCAUGGGCCGUCCAAGAAGAUCUUGGUGGAAGGCGCAAAUGCAGCACUCCUUGAUAUCGACUUUGGUACUUACCCCUUUGUGACCUCAUCCAAUUGCACAGUUGGGGGUGUCUGCACUGGCCUGGGGAUGCCACCCCAGAAUGUGGGAGAAGUGUAUGGAGUCGUCAAGGCAUACACCACAAGAGUGGGGAUUGGUGCCUUCCCUUCUGAACAGAAUAAUGAGAUUGGUGAGUUGUUGCAGACCCGAGGAAAGGAAGUUGGAGUCACCACAGGCCGGAAGAGGAGAUGUGGCUGGCUGGACAUGGUGCUUUUGAAAUAUGCACACAUGAUCAAUGGGUUUACUGCCUUAGCUCUAACCAAGCUGGACAUCCUAGAUGUGUUUCCAGAAAUAAAAGUUGGUGUUGCCUACAAGGUAGACGAUGAAUCAAUACCUCACUUUCCAGCCAAUCAAGAGGUCUUAAACAAGGUAGCGGUUCAAUAUGUCACCCUCCCCGGCUGGAACACAGACACGACCAGUGCUAGGACGUUUGAGGAGCUGCCAGAAAACGCACAGAAAUAUGUUAGGUUUAUUGAAGAACACCUUGAUGUGCCUGUCAAGUGGAUCGGUGUGGGCAAGUCUCGAGAGUCAAUGAUCCAGCUGUAUUGAAGAAGGUGGCACCCAGGGUGAAGGCACUCAUCAGCAGCUGCUUUGGGAUCUGCAAAGAGAGAAGAGGGGCAGGAGAACACAGACAAAUGUUGCAUGUAGACAUUUUGGCAGAUUGGACUUUCUAGCAUUCAUUAGCAACAGAAUCCUAUAGCGCAAUACCAUUGAUCCAUAGGAGUGCUACUCAUGUAUCCACAGCACACUCCUUUUUCAUAUAUACAGAAAUCUUUUUUUUUUUUUUUUGCCGGAAUAAACAUCAUAAUCUGUAAUACUGUAUUCAGCAUUCAUUGUUCUUGAAAUGAUGACCCAUGCUCUUAAAAUGUUUUUUAAAGGGUUGUAUAUUCAGUUAUCGGAAUUCAUAGGUCUCUGACAUAAAUGCCAAAUAACCAUUGCAGAAAAAUCCCUUUCUGUAAUAAAUUGGUCACAGUUGCUUUAUAUUUUGGGCUUUUAUUACUAUUCCAUAAAUAAAAUAAAAUGGUACUUGAAAAACAUUGAAUUGUGAAACGAACCUCUUAACACUAGCUAAUUUAUCACAGAGCAAUCCACAGCCUUUACUGGGUAAAAGGCUCAUCCUAGCUUUGGAUUUACUUUCAUUUAAAAUCCUCUCUAGCUGUCUAGCACACACAAGUUACUAAGCAACUGAAAACAUUACGAGUACAACUUAUAAGUUAAUCAGCCUUAUUUUGUAGUUUAAUACUCAUGGCUUUUAGCACUAGUAAUGGGCUUCAGACCAUGUUUUUCCAAUGACUGGACUUGUCUCCUACUGCUCUAUUAGGGCAGUUGUAGUCUGAGGGCACAUGAACAAAUUUUACGUGGUGUGACAGGGUAUCCCCCAGCACCCCUGGGUGUAUUUUAUUUAUUUUGUAGGGUUUGGGUUAUGUAGCACGGGUGAUUUAAAGUGUAUGUUUGUAUGUGGGCACGGGUGGGUCACAAAAUAGUUCACGUGCAGACUGUGGUCAGAUUGAAUGAUUAGCUAUCAAGUCCCAGCACAGCUGCUUAAAAGCAUCACAAAUUUCUUACUCAGGGCUGGUGUUCAGCAGUGGAACAAAAGACAAAGAGAUCUAGAAAGGUACAUUUAAAAUAACAAUUGCUGUGCAUGCUGGUUUUACACCAGCAUGCUACUUGUUGCUUUAUUUUACCUUUUGUUUUGUGAGAAGUGUUUUGUUUUGAUUAAUCUUUUUAUUUUUAAUAAAUCCGCGCAGCAGCGCUUCACUCA